AUGGAGUAUGGCUUAAAAAAAUUGAAGCUCAAUCCUAGAAUUGAAUGUUUUUGGUGGCGACUUCUCAAUGAGGCAAUUCCAACCAAUGGUUUCAUAAUGAACCGAAGAUUACUGGGACAUAAUUUAUAUCCAAGAGGCUGUGCGGAACAAGAAAAUACUGAACAUGUCAUGGUUCAAUGUCAUAAACUGCAGCAACCCAUUGGAAUUCUCAGAAAAUGGGGCUUUGCAUGCCUGAUGUUUUGCUCUGCAAAUGAUGGUAAGUAUCAUUUGGAUAGAUUAUCUGAGUAUAAUAGAUCACUGGCAAAUUUAUAUUGCUCUCUAGUUUAUUUUUCAUGGAAGAGUAGGAAUUCAAUCAAGCAUGGAAAGAAUGAAUGGAGUUUGAACUUCAUUGCCGGCAAUGCUAUUAGUUAUGCAUCAAUUGCUUCUUACAAUCUAUUUAUGGAUCACUGGGAUGCUAACCAGCCAUCAAUGCUAAAUUCUUUUUGGCAUCCCGCUCCCCUAGAAUGGAUUAAGGUAAAUCUUGAUGCAGCAUUAACUACUAACAACAACGGAGGUAUAUGUGGAGUUUUCAGAGACUCUAAAGGAAAAUUCUUACUUGCUUUUGGAAUCAAAUGCAUGCAUUGGGAUAGUGGCACUAUGGAGCUUAUGGCCAUUCGUUCAUUGAAGAAAUUCAUCUGUAAUUGGAUGUUGGAUGCAAAGGGUCUAAUAAUAGAAGCUGAUAAUUUCAACAUUAUCAAACUUCUACAAAAAUCAAUGAAUAAAGAAUCUCGGUUUCUUCACAAAGAGGAGAUUGAAGACCUAUCAUUUUUUGUUGGAUUUGGUAACAUCUAUUUCACUUUGUUAAUAGAAACUGUAAUAAGUUAG